AUGACUAGAAUAAAGGCUCGAUUACUUCGUAUACCGACAGCUACCAGAGCACCAAAGGCUGAACAUAUUUCCAAUGAUGUUAAUAAGCCAAACAUAAAUAAUUCAUAUAAGAUAUGUGAUUCCGAUUACUGGGACAAAGUCCCUCAGCUUCAAGUGAGCAAUGAUUCUGUGACAGUCAGUACGAGUAGGUAUACCAGCAGUAAUAUCUCUAUGAAGUCUGAUUUUCCAUCACUACCAAGUCUACCAUCAAUGCAAUUAUCAGACCAGAAAGAUCAAGUAACGGUUCAAAUUACACUCCAACAACUUGAACAAACAACAGUUCCUAGUCUUUUUAACAAACAUAAACCAUUUUCUCUCAAUUCUAGUCAAGCAACAACAAUUUCUCAAGGAAUUGCUGAAUAUAUAGUAACGGAUUUGAAGCCAUUAACUACAGCUGAAGGUGAAGGAUUUAGGAACUUGGUAAAAUUACUGAAACCCCGCUAUAAUAUUGUAUCAAGAAAUCAUUUGCUUGAGAAAUACAUUGUGCCUAUGUAUCAUAAUACUGUUGAUCAAGUCAAAAGAGAUCUAGAGAAGGGUAUGCGGCAUGCUUUUACAACAGAUGGUUGGACAUCAAUUAAUGCUGAAAGUUAUAUUACGACAACAUGUCACUACAUAGACAUAACUACUUUUCAGCUUUGUUCUAAAGCUCUUGACACAAAAUGCGUUCAUAUCAGUCAUACAUCUGAGAAUCUUGCCCAGGAAAUGAAAGUUUGUAUUAACAAAUGGAACCUGCAAGAUCCGGUCGGUGUAACCGACAAUGCUGCAAAUAUUGUAAAUGCAUGCAAUAUCGCUGAAUUACCACACGUGGGCUGUUUUGGACACACAUUGAAUUUAGCAGUUAACAGAUGUCUUGCAGUUAAUGAAGUAAGUGCCUUGAUUGGGAAGUGUAAAAAGUUAGUAUCUGUGUUUAAACAAAGCUGUCUUAAAGCAAGUGCCCUUCAUGAAGCUCAAAUUUCACUUGAUUUGAAACAGCUGCAGGUUAUCCAAGAUGUAGAUACCAUUUGGAACUCUGCACUCGCAAUGAUUAAAAGACUUUUAGAGACUAUGCCUGCCAUUUGGACAGCAUUAUAUAAAGACAAAAAGUAUUCUCACUUGCUGCCAAGUGAUAUAGAUAGGAAAAACAUGGAAGAUUUAAAAGAUUUGCUUAGUCCAGUAGAAGAAGCAACUAUAAGAGUAUCUGCUGAAAAAUCUGCAACAGCAAGUUUGAUUCUGCCCAUGAUGGAAAGUGUAGUUCAAAGCCCUGAGUCAGUUCAGUCUGAAAACCCAAAUGCAGAUGUAAUAGAUGUAAAGGAUGAAAAUCUUAAUCUGGUGAAAAAACCAAAGUUAGAUGCUUCAGAUGAUGAUUUCUUUGAUGUUCUGUUGAUAAAAGAGGAGAAAAGUUCAGAAUCAAACCAAUCUGUAAUGAAAGCAGAAAUAGAGAGAUAUAAAACAGAAACAGUGUCCAUGAAGCAAGAUCCUAUUGAAUGGUGGAAAAUAAAGAGAGAAAUUUAUCUUAACCUUUCAACUUGUGCUUGUAAAUAUUUACACAUUCCUGCUACUAGUGUUCCUAGCGAAAGAGUUUUCUCAACAGCUGGAAACAUUUUGAAUAAGAAAAGAGGCCAGCUCACAGCUGAUAAUGUUGACAUGCUUUUAUUCCUGUACCAUAAUUACAAAAAAGUGAUGCUAUUGCAGUAA